CUAAUGAAUUACCCAAAAUGCCACACGACGUCGUUUUUAUUUUAAACCCUCAACGUUUUCUCUCCUUCUAAAAUCUUCCAUAGCUUGCUUCUUGUGUUUCCAUUUGAAGCGCUCUAUUUGUUAGGGACUGUGACCGACUGCGAAGACGAUGAUAUACACGGCGAUUGACACCUUCUACCUGACGGACGAGCAGCUCAAGAAUUCACCCUCCAGGAAAGACGGCAUAGAUGAAGUCACGGAAACCACUCUCAGAAUCUAUGGCUGCGAUCUCAUUCAAGAAAGCGGCAUCUUGCUCCGAUUACCACAAGCUGUAAUGGCGACCGGCCAGGUUCUGUUCCACCGUUUCUAUUGCAAGAAGUCGUUUGCCCGCUUUAAUGUCAAGAAAGUAGCGGCUAGUUGUGUUUGGCUCGCCUCAAAGCUGGAGGAGUGCACUAGGAAAGCUAGACAAGUUAUAAUUGUUUUCCACAGAAUGGAAUGUAGGAGGGAGAAUUUACCCAUUGAUUAUUUGGACCACUUUUCAAAGAAAUAUUCAGACUUGAAGAUGGAGUUGAGUAGAACAGAAAGACAUAUAUUGAAAGAGAUGGGUUUCAUUUGUCAUGUGGAACAUCCUCAUAAAUUCAUAUCAAAUUACCUUGCAACCCUUGAAACACCUCCAGAGCUAAGGCAAGAAGCAUGGAAUCUAGCAAAUGAUAGUUUGCGUACAACACUGUGUGUUCGAUUCAAGAGUGAGGUUGUGGCUUGUGGGGUUGUAUAUGCUGCUGCUCGCAGGUUUCAGGUACCUCUUCCUGAGAACCCACCAUGGUGGAAGGCAUUUGAUGCUGAGAAAUCAGGGAUUGAUGAAGUUUGUAGGGUUUUAGCUCACCUUUACAGUCUUCCCAAAGCACAGUAUAUACCAGUUUGCAAGGAUGGUGAUUCAUUUACAUUUUCUAACGCAUCAUGGGAUUCACAAUCUCAGCCAGUUUCAAAGGAAGUUUCACAGCAUAGCAAUCCAGCUAAUGACGAUGCCUCUGUUUCAAAGGCACCUCCUGUUUCAGUUAGUUUAGAAUCUGGUGGAGCCAAAAGUUCAUCGAUCAAGGUUGAUAUUGACAAGCCAAAGGAGUCCAAGAAAAGUGAUGAUGAAUCCAAGAGCAUGGUUGUUGAAGGGCAGACAAAAGAAGAGCCAAUACUGAAGUCCAAGUCUGAACGUAGAUCAGAAGUCAGUGGGGACAGGAACAAGGAGAGGGAAAGGGAGAGGGAAAGAGAGAGGGAGAGGGAGAGGGAUAGAACGAAGGGUCGGGAUCGUGAUAGGGGAAGGGAUUCCGACCGGGAAAAAGAGCGAGAUGAGGUCGACAGGGACAGAGAUAAAAUGAAAGACCGAGGGCAUCGUUCCAAGGACAGAACAAAAGAUUCAGGACAUGCGGAGAAAUCAAGACAUCAUUCAUCACGAGAUCGUGACUACCACAGCUAUUCUUCACGGGACAAGGACCGCCAUAGGCACCAUUCAUAUGCUUGAACCACUCUUCAAGAUGUGCUUUCCUUUUCUUAUAAGCUUGUUAUUAAAAUGUAAUUUUAUUUAAAUGAACACAGAUUGUAUUUUAUUUUAUAAUCUCUCUCUUUCACUUCGUA